AUGGCAAAGCAAAUAAUGUCUUCUUCAAACUUAUUAUUUUUCUUUCUGGCUCUACUAAUCAUCACACUCUCCACCAUACCAAAUUUCGCAUCUGCUUCUUUGGAGGAAGCCAAUGCUCUUCUUAAAUGGAAAGCAAGCCUUGAAAUCCCAAAAAACUCCUUGCUAUCUUCAUGGAUUCCCCUCCCUUUGAAUUCCAGUGCAUUUGGUGUGAAUAAAUUAUCUGGUCCCAUUCCUGUUGAACUUAGGAAUUUGAAGUCUCUCACUGAUCUUGCUGUGAAUGAGAAUCAACUUAAUGGCUCUAUUCCUUCAUCAUUGGGUAAUUUGACAUCUUUGAAUCUCCUUUAUUUAUACCAAAAUCAACUCUCUGGUCCUAUUCCUGUUGAACUUGGGAAUAUGAAGUCUCUCACUCAUCUUGAGGUAGGCAUCAAUCAGCUUAAUGGUUCUAUUCCUUCAUCACUGGAAAAGCUGAGCAACUUACUAUGGUUGAACCUAAUUGAGAACAGAUUGUCUGGUCCCAUUCCUAGUGAAGUCGGGAAGUUGAAGUCUCUCACUCAUCUUUACGUUAGCAGAAAUCAGCUUAGUGGUUGUAUUCCUUCAUCAUUUGGUGAACUUGGGAAAUUGAAGUCUCUCAUUGAUUUUAAGGUGAACAACAAUCAAAUUAAUGGUUCUAUUCCUCCAGAGUUUGGAAAUUUAACUCAACUACAAAGACUUGAUCUGUCUUCAAAUCAUUUGGUUGGUGAGAUCCCAAAGGAGUUUGGAAAGAUGAAAAGUGUGUUAUAUUUGUAUUUGGCUGGCAACCAACUUUCAGGUGUUAUACCUCUAGAGCUUGGAUUUUGUGAACUCCUUGAAGUACUCGAUCUAUCCAAAAAUAGAUUGAAUGGGUCGAUUCCAACAAGUAUCGGUCAAUGGGAACACAUCCACUACUUGAAUCUUAGUAAUAACAAGCUCAGUGAGAAAAUUCCAUCCGAGAUUGGUAAAUUAGUUCAUCUUACAGACCUUGAUUUAUCUCAGAAUUUUCUCACAAAAGAGAUACCAGCAGAAGUUCAAAGUUUGCAGAGUUUGCAAAAAUUGGAUUUUUCUCACAAUAGACUAUCUGGUUCUAUUCCUGAUGCUUUUGUAAAUUUGCCUCGUGGUAUUGAUAUCAACCUUUCUUUCAAUAAGCUCUCAGGUCCAGUCCCCCUUUCCGCUAACUUUGUGAAUGUGUCCAUAGAAAGCAAUCUAAAUUUGUGUGGGAAUAUUACCAGAUUGAAACUUUGUCCAAGUCAGAUUAUGAAGAAGAAAAAUGAUCUCUUUCAUCACAAGCUCAUCCUUGUAAUUACACUCCCUCUUAUCGGGGCUGUUUUACUUGGUGUAUUCAUGUAUGGCCUAAUUGCUUAUCAACAACAAAAGAAUAAGUCUCCACAAAAAACAUCGGAUGAAGAAAGUGGCGAUUAUUUCUCUAUUACAUGUUUCGAUGGAAAAGUAGUGUAUGCUGAAAUCUUGAAGGCAACAAAUGAUUUCGAUGAAGCAUACUGCAUUGGGACCGGAGGAUAUGGGACUGUGUACAAAGCCGAGCUACAACCUGACAAUGUGGUAGCUGUCAAGAAACUUCACUCAUCAUCUGAGAAUGUUGAUCAUAAUGGAUUCCUUAAUGAGGUACGAGCGUUAACGAACAUAAGGCAUAGAAACAUAGUGAAACUCUAUGGAUAUUGCUCCCAUGUCCGCCACUCAUUUUUGAUUUAUGAAUACCUUGAAAAGGGAAGCCUUGGAUCAAUCUUAAGAAGUGAUGUCUUAGCAAAAGAAUUGGAUUGGUUGAAAAGAGCACAUAUUUCUGAUUUUGGCACAUCCAAGCUUUUAAAGCUCGAUUCAUCUAACUGGACUGCAAUUGCAGGCACCUAUGGUUAUAUUGCACCAGAGCUUGCCUAUACGAUGGUGGCAAAUGAGAAAUGCGAUGUGUAUAGCUUUGGAGUUGUUGCAGUAGAAGUGAUAAUGGGAAAGCAUCCAGGAGAUCUCAUAACAUCUUUUCCAACAUUGUCUGCUGCUGAUUAUCUGGUGCCAGCAAACGUGGGAGAUAGUCGGAUACCUCCUCCCUCAUCACAAGUUGAGAAACAAGUUAGGUUGGUUUUGAGUCUCUCAAGAGCAUGUUUGACCUCCAAUCCACAUGAAAGACCAACAAUGCAACAAGUUUCAAAUCUGUUAAUGAAGGAUCAGCUUUGAAUUGACAUCUCUUGGGCUGAUCGAAAUAGUGUACUUUCAGUGUUCUUUUUACUUUUCUUAUGUUCCCUAUAUGCAUCAUGUCAAUAUGUAUUCAUAUGAAUGGCUUUUUGUUAAGAAACUUCACAUAUGUUUGUGAACAAAUAAGUAAAUGAAAAUUACUAUGCAUUUAAAACUGACUACUGGAAACCAAG